AUGGAGCACACGCACGCCCCCCUCGCCGCCAACAGCUCGUCCUGGUCCCCAGGCUCGGCCUGCAGCCUGGGCCUCGUGCCCGUGGUCUACUACAGCCUCCUGCUGGGCCUCGGCUUACCAGCCAACAUCCUGACGGUGAUCAUCCUGUCCCGGCUGGUGGCGCGGAGGCAGAAGUCCUCCUACAACUACCUCCUGGCGCUGGCGGCCGCCGACAUCCUGGUCCUCGUCUUCAUCGUGUUCGUGGACUUCCUGCUGGAGGACUUCAUCCUGCGCGCCCAGAUGCCCGCGGUGCCCAACCAGGUGGUGGGCGUGCUGGAGUUCUCCGCCAUCCACACCUCCACCUGGAUCACCGUGCCGCUCACGGUGGACCGCUACAUCGCCGUCUGCCACCCGCUGCGCUACCACGCCGUGUCCUACCCCGCGCGCGCCCGCAGGGUCAUCGCGGGCGUGUACGCCGCCUGCCUGCUCACCAGCGUCCCCUACUACUGGUGGCCCGACCUCUGGGCGGAGGGCCAGGCCGGCUCCGCCGCGCACCACGCGCUCGUCUGGGCGCACUGCGUCACCGUCUACCUGGUGCCCUGCGCCGUCUUCUUCGCCCUCAACUCGGCCAUCGUGCGCCGCCUGCGGCGGAGGAGCGCGCUCCGCCUGCGCGGCUGCCCCGCGGGCCGCACCACCGCCAUCCUGCUGGCCGUCACCUCGGCCUUCGCCGCGCUCUGGGCGCCGCGCAUCGCCGUGAUCCUCUACCGCCUGUACGGCGCGCCCGUGAGGGACCGCGGGCUGGCGCACGUGGUGGCCGACGUGGCCAACAUGCUGGCGCUGCUGAACACGGCCGCCAACUUCUUCCUCUACUGCUUCAUCAGCAGGCGCUUCCGCGCGCUGGCCGCCGCCACGCUCAGGGCGCUGUUCACCUGCCGCCAGCAGCCCGCGCAGUUCCCCGCCGCCCACAACGUCUCCGUCACCAGCAGCCCCUGGGUCUCUCCCGCCAACUCGCACUGCAUCAAGAUGCUGGUGUACCCGUACGACAGGGACGGGCAGCCUGCCGCAGCAGCCCCGUGA